GCACGCCGGUCGAGAGGAGCAGGUCAGGAACACCGCUGGGAUGCACACGAGCUUCUUUUAAUACACGCCGGAGUUAUCUACACGUUACAGCGGUUUCCGAAUCAGUUUGUCAAGAGUGUUUCAAAAAGGAAAGUUUUAACAGAGGAAUUACUGUCCGGACCGUGCAUGUUAAGCGCGUCAAUGUAGAGCAUCUAUAAAGUGUACGGAGUCAAGUGGUACCCUGAUCACGAAAAACCGGACAGGACUCAACAGAGAUGGAUACCUUCUUUGUUAAGGGAGCUCGUGUGUGGGUUCGAGACCAGGAGCAGUUCCUGCCCUCCACCGUCAGCUGCUGUGAUGACCGAACCCUCAUCCUCACCACCGACUACGGAGAGGUGAUCACUUUGGAUCUGGGUGAGGUGAAUAGGCUUAAGGUUUUCCCAAUGCAUCCCACCAGCAUCAGUGGAGUGGAGGACAUGUCCUCUCUGGCCGAAUUACAUGAGGCCGCCAUCAUGCACAACCUCUACCUGCGCUACCAAAAGGACCUCAUUUAUACUAACAUUGGCUCCAUCCUGGCAGCUGUGAAUCCUUAUAAAAAGAUUGCAGGUCUUUAUGACACAGAGGCGGUGAACGUGUACAGCAAACAUCACCUGGGUGAACUACCUCCACAUAUUUUUGCUGUGGCUAACGAGUGUUACCGCUGUCUGUGGAAGAGGCAUGAUAGUCAGUGUGUGCUCAUCAGUGGAGAGAGUGGUGCUGGGAAGACGGAAAGCACCAAACUGCUGCUGAAGUUUCUGUCUGUCAUGAGUCAAAAUUCGACAGGCUCUCCGCUCUCAGAGAAAACCACACGGGUGGAGCAGGCCAUCGUACAGAGCAGUCCAAUAAUGGAGGCAUUUGGAAAUGCAAAAACAGUUUACAACAACAACUCCAGUCGCUUUGGCAAGUUCAUUCAGCUUCACUUCUCUCAGAGUGGCAACAUCCAGGGUGGCUGUAUUAUUGAUUAUUUACUUGAAAAGAACCGAGUUGUCCGGCAGAAUCCAGGAGAGAGGAACUAUCAUAUUUUCUAUGCCUUGUUGUCAGGUGCUAACCGUGAGCACAGAGAAAUGUAUAUGCUGGCUGAUUUUCCUGAGGCGUAUCACUACCUGAAUCAGUCUGGCUGUGUAAAAGACAGGAGUCUGGAUGACAAACAACUCUAUGAGAGUGUGAUGGAAGCAUUAAAGGUGAUGGAGUUCACUGAGGAAGAGAUCCGGGAUGUCUUUAAGCUGCUGUCUGGGGUCUUACAGAUCGGCAACAUCGAGUUCAUGACCGCCGGGGGUGCUCAGAUCACCACUAAAGGAGUGGUCAGUGUUGUCAGUGAUCUACUGGGGCUCGACUCCUUCCAGCUGUCUGAGGUUCUGACUCAGCGCUCCAUGAUUCUGAGAGGAGAAGAGAUCUGCUCACCACUCACUGUGGAACAGGCGAUUGAUUCCCGGGACUCUGUGGCCAUGGCAUUGUAUUCCCAAUGUUUUUCUUGGAUCAUUGCCCGAAUCAACCAGAAAAUCAAAGGAAAAGACAACUUCAAGUCCAUUGGCAUUUUGGACAUCUUUGGCUUUGAGAACUUCGAGGUAAACCGGUUUGAGCAGUUCAACAUUAACUACGCCAAUGAGAAGCUCCAGGAGUACUUCAACAAGCACAUCUUUUCCCUGGAGCAGCUUGAAUAUAACAGGGAGGGAAUAUACUGGGAAGCCAUCGAUUGGAUGGACAACGCGGAGUGUCUGGAUCUGAUCGAAAAGAAACUGGGCAUGUUGGCUCUUAUCAAUGAAGAGAGCAGAUUCCCUAAAGGCACGGACUACACCCUGCUGGAGAAACUUCACAGUCGGCAUGCCACAAACCCUUACUAUGUGAAACCAAGAGUGGCGGAUGACCAGUUUGGUAUUAAACAUUAUGCAGGAGAGGUAUUGUAUGAUGUGCGUGGCAUUCUAGAGAAGAACAGAGACACAUUCAGAGAUGAUAUUCUCAACAUGCUGAAGGACAGCAGGCUUGACUUCAUCUAUGAUCUGUUUGAGCGUGUUGGCAGCAGGAAUGGAGACGAGACUCUGAAGAUGGGCACUGCCCGCCGCAAACCCACCGUCAGCUCGCAGUUCAGGGAUUCCCUUCACGCACUGAUGGCUACUUUAAGUGCCUCCAACCCUUUCUUUGUACGCUGCAUCAAACCCAACAUGGAAAAGAACGCAAAUCAAUUUAAUGCUGAUGUGGUUCUGAAUCAGCUACGUUACUCUGGAAUGCUGGAGACAGUGAAGAUCCGUAGAGCAGGUUUUCCUGUACGGAGAACCUUCAGUGACUUCCUCAGCCGAUACACAGUGAUCCUGAGGGACAAAAACCACAUACCGGACGAGAGGAAGAAAUGUGCAGAUCUGCUUACGAAGUAUGACGUCACAAAGAAAGAGUGGCAGUUGGGGAAGACUAAGGUGUUCCUGAAAGAAGCUCUGGAGCAGAGGCUGGAGAAGGAGCGAGAGGAGGUGCGCACAGCGGCUGGUAUGGUGAUCCGGGCCCACAUACUAAGUUAUGUGGCAAGAAAGCAUUAUAAUAAAGUCCGGGCCAGUACCAUCACAAUCCAAAAGAACUACCGCGCUCACUUCUGGAGACAAGUCUACCUACGUUUCCGUUCCGCUGCCGUUGUCCUCCAGAAACACCUCCGUGGACAGCUCGCUCGCCAACUCUAUCACCAGCUCCUGGAGGAGAAACAGAGGAGAGAAGAGGAGAAGAGAAUCAGAAGGGAGGAAGAAGAGAGGAGACGGCAAGAGGAGCUAAGGAGGCUUGAGGAAGAAAGAAGACAAGAGGAAGAGAGAAAGAGAGAGGAGGAGAGACAGAGGCUUAAAGAGGAGGAACAGAGGAAGAGAGAAGAGGAACAGGAAGCUUUGCGGAUACAGCAGGAAGAGGAAGAGUUUAACAGGAGGCAGGAGGAGUUGAAAAGCAUACAGAUAUUGCAGGAAAGUGAGGACAGAGAGUUAGGGCAUAGCAGGAAUCUAGUGGGGGGAAAUCAUCACAGCCAAAAGAAGGAAGUGUCCCACAGCCAGUGCCAGUAUUCCUCUGAAGAGGAGAGCCGUCAGAUGGAGGAGAUCCUGCGACUGGAGCGAGAGAUUGAACGACUACAGAAACAGAGAGACGAAGGUGUGUCUUUGCUGAACGAUAACUCAAGAGACGAACUACGGCAGAAGAGGGACGCUGAGAUCUACCGCCUGGAGAAAGAGGCUUCACGCGUGGCUACCGAGUUCCUGGAGAUGCUGGACUUUGGAGGGUUGGAGCAGUCGCUCUCCAGUGAGGAGAACCUUCACGACACAUCCGAGACCACUGCGCCUCUGGCCGAGGAAGAAGUGGAUGAAGGCUUCCACAUGGACAACAAGUGCAUACCCCUCCGCGAUUUCUCUCCUCCAGCUGCUACAGUUCCUCUGGACAAGGAGAUGCUCUCCAGUCUUCCACCUCCACCACCUGCCUUUGCAGAAGGCCUGGUGGCCACAUCCUCACCUGCACGGAUGGAGCAGCCAAAAUCCAAUUCCUCAGUCACACAAAACAGACUCUCAGACAUCCCCCCACCUCCAACUUCUGCUCCACCCCCUCCUCCACCAGCACUGGCAUUAACCAAAGGAGAUUAUGUAGUGGUAUAUAAAAACUCCAGGAAAACGGUAACAGAGAUUAUACUGCCAGUGGAGGAGACUAACUUUAGUAUUCUGCCAGAUACUGAGUCAGACUAUGACCAAGAGGAGUUUGAGGAGACAUUGGGAAGUUGUGGGGAUGCAGGAAGUACAAACGACGGACACCUCACUGAUGAGGAAGUGCUACGUAGAUCUUCCUAUACUUUCAACAGCAUGGAGUCCUUUAGGGGAAGUUCAGACUCCUUCAUUGACAGUAAUGAUGAGAAUGAUGAAUAUGUAGAUACAGAUGAGGAGGUGUCGAAUGGUAGAGUGCAUCUGCUAAAUGGCAGUGGACCUCCAUAUUUCCACAGCUACCUGUACAUGAAGAGUGGACUGAUGAUCCCAUGGCGCAGACGCUGGUGUGUUUUGAAGGAUGAGACCUUCAUGUGGUUCAGGGCAAAGCAGGACUCUCUCAAGUCAGGUUGGCUUUACAAAAAAGGUGGAGGGAUGUCCACUCUAUCCCGCAGGAACUGGAAGAUGCGCUGGUUCGUCCUUCGAGACUCCAAACUCAUGUAUUUCGAGAACGACACUGAGGAGAAACUGAAGGGAACAAUUGACAUCCGAUCUGCCAAAGAGAUUGUUGACAACCAUGAGAAAGAGAAUGCACUGAACAUUGUGACUGAGGAAAGGACCUAUCAAAUCUAUGCAGAAUCCCCAGAGGAUGCCAGUGGCUGGUUCAAUGUGCUGAGUCGAGUCCACAGUGCCACUCCAGAACAGCUUCUGCAGAUGCAGCACGAGCAGGCCAAUCCCAAGAACGCAGUCGGAACACUGGAUGUUGGGCUUAUCGACUCUGUAUGUGCCUCUGACAACCCAGACAGGCCUAACUCAUUUGUUAUAAUCACGGCUAAUCGCGUGAUCCACUGCAACACUGACACGCCAGAGGAGAUGCACCACUGGAUCGGCCUCCUGCAGAAACCCAAAGGAGACUCUAGAAUAGACGGCCAGGAGUUUAUAGUGAGAGGUUGGCUGCAUAAAGAGAUGAAGUCCAGUGGGAAGAGCACUUCUCUCAAGCUGAAGAAACGCUGGUUUGUUCUGACCAACAACUCACUGGAUUAUUAUAAAUCUUCCGAGCGCAGUGCCUCUAAACUGGGCACACUGGUGCUCAACAGCCUCUGCUCUGUUGUUCAGCCAGAUGAGAAGGUCUUCAAAGAGACCGGUUACUGGAACAUAAUAGUCCAUGGGAGAAAGCAUUCUUAUCGUCUCUACACCAAGCUACUGAACGAAGCCAUGAGAUGGGCUUCAGCCGUUCAGGCGGCCAUUGACAACAAGGUUCCCAUAGAAACACCUACCCAGCAGCUCAUCAGAGACAUCAAGGAGAGCAGUCUUAAUGUGGAGGCUGUGGAGCAGAUGUACUGGAGGAACCCCAUUCUGAGAUACACCCAGCACCCACUGCACUCACCUCUGCUGCCUCUGCCAUACGGGGAGGUUAAUAUCAGCUUACAAAAGGAGAAGGGCUACACUAGCCUGCAGGAUGAGGCAGUGAAGAUCUUUAACUCAUUACAGGAGAUGGAGGCCGUGUCAGACCCGAUGCCCAUUAUUCAGGGUAUCUUGCAGACAUGUCAGGAUCUCCGGCCACUCAGAGAUGAAGUCUACUGUCAGCUGAUCAAACAAACCAAUCAUGUGCCUCAGCCCAAUAGCCCUGCCAACUACGCCCACUGGCAUCUGCUGACCUGCAUGAGUUGCACCUUCCUGCCCAGCCGGGGUAUACUAAGAUACCUCAGAUUCCACCUGAAAAGGAUAAAAGAGCUUUUCCCUGGAACAGAAAUUGAGAUGUUUGCAGUCUUCAUUGGUGAAUCACUGAAGAAGACCAAGACACGAGAGUAUGUGCCUUCCCAAGAGGAGAUCAUCGCCCUCCUAAACAGACGGGAGAUGACGACCACUGUUUACUGCCAUGGUGGAGGCUCCUGCAAGAUUUCAAUCAACUCUCACACUACAGCAGGAGAGGUGGUAGAGAAACUGAUCCGAGGCUUGGCUAUGGAGGAUAGCAGGAACAUGUUUGCUUUGUUCGAGCAUAACAACACAAUCGACCGGGCUGUGGAGAGCAGGGUGACUGUGGCCGACUUGCUGGCUAAGUUCGAGAGGCUGGCGGCAAGUGAGGUGGAGGAAGAUGGCCAAUGGAAGCUUUACUUCAAACUGUACUGUUUCUUAGAUGUGGAGAGCAUGCCCAAGGAAGGAGUGGAGUUUGUCUUCAUGUUUGAGCAGGCUCAUGAGUGUUUGAUAAGUGGUCACUUUCCCGCCAACGAGGACACCCUCCAGCACCUGGCUGCUUUACGCCUGCAGUACCUGUAUGGGGACGUGUCUCGGGUGAACUGGAGCUUGGACAGUGUCUACCCCACUGGCCGUCUGCGCAACCGCAUACUUCAGUUUACUAAAGUGGGAGGCGCGGCCGGACCGGGACAAACCCUGGAAAGGAGGAGGACGAGCUUCUUGGAUGGCACGCUGAGGCGUGGGCUGAAGACGGGCACCAUGAGGAAACAGCGCAGCCUGCAGGAGGAGCAGAUGCUGGAAAUGUGGAUCAAGGAAGAGACUUCAGCCACCAGGGCUAGUAUCAUGGAGAAAUGGAGUCGACUGCAUGGUCUCGAUCAGCAUCAAGCAAUGCUCAAAUACAUGAACAUCAUUAAAGAGUGGCCUGGGUAUGGAUCAACACUAUUUGAUGUGGAGUGCAAAGAAGGUGGUUUCCCUCAUGAUCUCUGGCUGAGCGUGAGUGCAGAGAAUGUGUCUGUGUAUAAGAGAGGGGAGGCCAGACCUCUGGAGACUUUCCCCUACGAACACAUUGUUUUCUUUGGAGCUCCUUACGCCAGCACGUACAAGAUCACAGUUGAUGGGAGAGACAUGUACUUCGAGACACCACAGGUCGGAGAGAUCACCAAAAUAAUGAAAGCCUACAUCAACAUGAUAGUGAAGAAACGAUGUAGUGUCCGAUCAGUAUCCAGCUUUGGAAGUAACUGGAUCAGGUGAUGGGUUCUAUCCAAUCACAGUCAAGACUAGACUUCCUUUGGCCUGAAGACAAAACUUGGAAGGAACUCAAAAGCAUGGAUGUGGACUGAAGAAUAAAUUAGAUGAAAGGAGAAGAUACAGGACCCAGUUAGAGGACAAACACAAUUUGUUUGUUCACCCUUACAAAUAAUCUGCAUUUGUGUUGACAACCACCCCUUUAAUAGUGUUCUAACUUGGCGCUAGAAUUUCUUUCAAGUAAUUUGUCUGAAUUUGGACCAAUGAGAUUUCACUGUGGGUGGGGCUAUCCAGUACGAAAUUACGGAAAUAGAAACCAAGCGACCGGCAGUGGACAAUGUCCUGUCACUCAUCGCUUGUUGCCGUUGGUUAGGACAAAAACUACGGCCACGUUCACACUUAUACAAAUUAGUUUCAGAACUCUUUAAAUUAGCUUUGUUUACGCCUCUUAUCCACACUCGAACAGUGUUUUCCUCUAUUAAAAACAGAGCAUUUCGAAAACGCUCUCCAUAAUCACAUACCUUGGAAAACAAUGAUAUUAGGAAACUAAAACGGAUCAGUCUGGAUGUGGAAUAAGCGAUAGCUUUUAUCCAUUUUCACUUUAAUGUAUCGCAUCAGGUUAGGACAUAGUGUAAUGCUAGUUAGCCAGCAUAUGUUAAUACCCCAAGUCUGAAUGCUUUGUUCCUUUCUGUUUUCUGUCGGCUAAUUUCAAGACUAAGUGGAAAACUCUUUGAAGUGUUUAAGUGAAAAGAUUAAUACAGGGUCUUAAACGUUACAUGCUAAAGAAAACAAUGUUAUAUUGAGAGCCUUCAAAGAAAAAUACCCUAAAGUGACUGUACGCAUUGAAAAUGUCAACAGCAAUGUUAAAACUUGCCUAUUUGCCUUACUUUGUACAAAGGCUGGUCUGUGGAGAUUUGCGUCAUAUAGGUGGCUUUCUGCGUUACUGCUGAUCAUAAAGGAAUUUGUUACAGAAACUUCUAUCAGGUUCUCAAGAGAAUGAGAAGAGAAGUUUUUUCUCAGAGAAUCAAUGCCUUAAUGUCUUGCUGUUUUAAUCCCCAUGUAUUGUGCAUAAAAAGCUCUGGAUUGAGCUCAGGUACAGUAUAAAUGACAUAAGAUAUAAGCAAUAUCUCAACAUUUCAGUGCAUAGCAACAAGCGAAGAGGCUGGUCUUUCAGGAAAUAUUAUCUGGAAUGCCACAGUAUUGAUAUAUUGAUAGUGAAAAGCUGUGACACUCUUUGUGCUAUUUCAUAAAGCAAAAAGGUCCAUUGUAUAUUCUUUUUGUCGAGAAAUCCUUUUUAGUGUGUAAUUCAAAAAAAAAUUUAAUAGAGAUGUUUGUCUUUUUAAGGAAGCCUACAUGUAACUGAAGGACGAUUAUUGUGUGCCUAAAAGAGAGUGUAUAAUUAUGGGCGGGCUGGGUAUUUAUUCUGUGUUUGUGUUAUUGUAUGGAUGUUGAUGUUGUGUUGAUGGCAUUUUGUGACCUGUAUAUAGACUCCCUUCAUCAGCGAUGUUCAUUAACACACAGUGAUAACAUGAGUGAAAUGGAGGAUGUUACUGUGUUAUGUUAUGCAAUGUUCUGUUUAAAUUUGCUCCAUUAAUGAAUAUGGUCAGCUGCUGGUCAGCUCAGAGUGCAGCCUCAUCAUUCAUUAUUAGUUUAGAGUAAAACUAUUUCAGUUUGUGUAGAGGAUGAAAGUCACAAAUGUUUCUUUUUUUGUAACUGGAUUUACAAAAGUCUUUAAUAAAUUAUUUCAAUUCCAA